CGGUAUUAUUAAAGGAAAGUGCUCGAGCGGGGUCGUCGUCUUGGGGAACAGACAAAUCGGGGAGUUUGGCGGGAUAAUCCCAAAAGCGCCCAGGAGGGAGGCCGUCUUAAUAGAGUCUUAAUGUCCCUAAUUAAUACGACUUCUCCAUGUCAACUUCGCGCCAAGUACGCAAAGAAAACAGCCUGCUCCACGGUCCAUUCAGGGCUUUCACCACAUCAAGUCACCAAACCAAUACCUCCCCCAACACACUCUCUAAUAGUGGUCUAAUUAAAUUAGUGUUCCUGUUUAGCACUGCGGCGCGGCCAAGCCUUCCGCCAUGGAUCCAAGCUCGGUUCCAGACUUUGACGACUUGCCCAAGGUCGAAGGGCAGCCCCAAGGGUGUGCCUGGGGGUUGUUCGACAAGGACGGCAAGAAGGACGUGUUUGGUACCUUGAACUUCCUCACGCCCCAGAUUGUAGCCGCCGCCGCCGCCGAGGUCAAGGACGGGGUAUCAAUCUCUCUCAACUGGCCACUGAACGGCAUCAAGUUUCCGCUCCCGGGCCGCAAACCGCCCGUACACCGGCCGCUCUACCUGGGAGAAACCUUCGGCGUGCCCUUUGAAGGGUGGGAUGACGAGCUCGAAUUCAACACGCAGUUCAGCAGCCAGUGGGACAGCCUCUGCCACGUGACGCCCAACGGCACGGCGUACAACGGCGUCAAGACGACGGAGGAGGCCCUGUCGGUGCAGUCGACCGCCGAGAACGCGCUGCCGACCAUCGACCACUGGCACUCACGCGGCGCCGUCGUGGGGCGCGGCGUCCUCAUUGACUGGAAGCGGUACCACGAGGAGACCACGGGGACGCCGUUCCACCCCCUCGACGGGUACCGCAUCACGACCGAGGACAUCGAGAAGGUAGCCAAGUACCAGGGGGUCGAGUUCAAGCACGGCGACAUCCUCAUCAUCCGGACCGGCUACACCGAGAUCCUCGAGGCCCCGACCCCGGAAGACAUGGCCAAGUUCCAAGCCGCGACCCUGUCGGGCGUGCACGGGACCGUGGAGACGGCCCGCUGGGCGUGGAAUCGCCGGUUCGCGGCCGUGGCCGGCGAUUCCCAGGCGUUCGAGGCCGUGCCCGCGCUGAAGCCGGAUGGGACUGUGGGCGGAAUCUCGGACCUGGUCUUGCAUCCGUGGUUCCUCAACCGCUUCGGCAUGCCCAUCGGGGAGCUCUGGGAUCUCAAGGCGCUGAGCGAGUACGCCAAGAAGACGGGCAGAUACAGCUUCCUCUUGACCUCGGCUCCCUUGAACCACCCAGGCCUAGUGGCCUCGCCGCCCAACGCCAUUGCUGUGUUCUAGUAAUUAACCUGAAAUCGAUGGCCACUAAGAUAUUCGUGGACGGCGAUGGGGCUGCUUCAUUAGGUGUGUAGCUCGAUCGAGAUGAAACCCUACAUAGUAAGCGUUUCAAAGGGGUGCAGUAUCUGAGCUAAAUUCUCGGUAACCAUGUGCUUCCAAGGCACAGCAGUACGUCCGCACACUCCACAAGGCGCCCGCAUUAAUUGGGUCGGAAACAUAUAUGACCCAAGCUGUACGUAUGUGAGAGGUGUAAUUAAUUAGUUAGUAGAGCACUGGAGCUAUGUGGCGG